AUGCAGUUCCUCAUCGCCUCUCUCGUCCUCGUAUCAAAUCUGCUUACUGUUCAUGGCGAGCCGAUGCGCCUCCGAAGACAAACCAGUGUUGUGAAUCCUCCCUCUGUCGGUGAAAAUACCGCGCUCCAAGUGUCACAGGUGAAUGGAAGAAAUUCACAAUGGCUAGCACCAGUCAGUGCAGGUCCACUUGACUUCCAGAAUCUCAUGGGUAACGGCAUCGGCAACGGCAACGGCGGAAAUCCUUCCAAUGGGCAACUUCCCGCACUACCUAAUCUUUUUGCUAUGCCAAAUGACCUUUAUGAAGGCAAGCUCAAUAGGGAAUUCCUCUCUAAAACUGCGUGGAUCAUGUGCACGAUGAUGAAGGAAUUCCUGGUGCCUCAG